AGCGGAGCCUGGAAUAUGGUCGGGGAAAUGGAAACGAAGGAGAAGCCGAAGCCCACUCCGGAUUACCUGAUGCAGUUGAUGAACGACAAGAAGCUCAUGAGCAGCCUGCCCAACUUCUGCGGGAUCUUCAACCACCUCGAGCGGCUGCUGGACGAAGAAAUUAGCAGAGUACGGAAAGACAUGUACAAUGACACAUUAAAUGGCAGUACAGAGAAAAGGAGUGCAGAAUUGCCUGAUGCUGUGGGACCUAUUGUUCAGUUACAAGAAAAACUUUAUGUGCCUGUAAAAGAAUACCCAGAUUUUAAUUUUGUUGGGAGAAUCCUUGGACCGAGAGGGCUUACAGCUAAACAGCUUGAAGCAGAAACUGGAUGUAAAAUAAUGGUCCGAGGAAAAGGCUCAAUGAGGGAUAAAAAGAAGGAGGAGCAAAAUAGAGGCAAGCCCAACUGGGAGCAUCUAAAUGAAGAUUUACAUGUACUAAUCACUGUGGAAGAUGCUCAGAACAGAGCAGAAAUCAAACUGAAGAGAGCAGUUGAAGAAGUGAAGAAAUUACUGGUACCUGCAGCAGAAGGAGAAGACAGCCUAAAGAAGAUGCAGCUAAUGGAACUCGCAAUUCUGAACGGCACUUACAGAGAUGCCAACAUUAAAUCACCAGCCCUUGCCUUUUCUCUUGCAGCAACAGCCCAGGCUGCCCCAAGGAUCAUUACUGGGCCUGCACCUGUCCUUCCUCCAGCUGCCCUUCGUACUCCUACGCCAGCUGGUCCUACCAUAAUGCCUUUGAUCAGACAAAUACAGACCGCUGUCAUGCCAAACGGAACUCCUCACCCCACUGCUGCAAUAGUCCCUCCAGGGCCCGAGGCUGGGUUAAUCUACACGCCCUAUGAAUACCCCUACACGUUGGCACCAGCUACAUCGAUCCUUGAGUACCCUAUUGAACCCAGUGGUGUAUUAGGUAUGGCUUUCCCAACGAAAGGCUAAGAAUUCAAGAUCGGUCUUAACUGAACCCUCAUCAGAUCUGAAUUUAACAAAUGCUUAGUCUCAGCAGCCUCCGGGGAAAAAGCUUAGCCUAGCAGUCAGUGGCUUACUUGCACUUUUUGCACAUAGAUAUAAAGUAAAAUCGUGUUAUUAAUUUGGUUUAGUCUGUAAUAUCACAAAGUAAUGGUAAUUUAUAAAAGAGUGUAUAGUAGUGUACUGACUGCUAAGUGUACUAUACUGUUUGCUUUACUAAUCACCUAAUUCAUUGCAGUUCAUACUUAUUGACUCAGAGUUUAAAACCACAAUCUGUAGGCUUUAAGAAUUGCUUUUAAACCUUUUUAAAGUAACAAACUCUGGAAGUGGUCUUAAGGUUAGUAAAUAAUUAUCAGUAUUAAACAUGGCAUUAUUUAGUCCUGCUGAAAGAAAGGCACUUCAGUGAAUAUGUGACUAGUAAAGCUCAAAUAUGUUUGCAUCUAAUAAAUAAAGUUCGUGAAAUACUGUAUACUGUAAAUGAAUGGAUAAGAUAGGUUAAGGCCAACAUGUUUGAAAUGAAUGCACUAUUAAUAGAUGCAUAUAUGUGACAUAUUACAGUUAAUUUUAAAACUACUGUGCCUUAACAUGUUUCUUAAACUUUUGUGGUAAAUGAAUAUUUGAAAACCAUUUUGAUAAACCUGCUGUUAAUGUUUCCCUCCCCCCUUAUGUAUGUUUUCUAACUUUGUCUUGGUAAUUGCAAUUUAACUAGGUGCGGUGGCUACUAAAGUUCGAAGGCACGAUAUGCGUGUCCAUCCUUACCAAAGGAUUGUGACCGCAGACCGAGGUUAGUUUAGUUCUGCAGUUCUUGUUUAUAAGAAAUACGUUGGGUGUCCAUAAAAUUUGCAACACCACACCUGAUGGAAAAUGUAACUGCUUACCUGCACACUGUUUUCUUUCUUGUUCUGAACUCAUUUGUAAUGGAUGACAGGUUUAAGGGUUGGGAUUUUUGUUUUAUUUUGUUUUGGUUUUUUUCCUCCCUUCAUAUUUUAACUUAUUAAAUUUCUAGUAUUGUGUACUAUGAUUUAUUCCUACUAAAACAUAAAUCAGUUGUCUUGGGGAGCUAUUAAAUUUUUUUAUGUUGCCUUAACUAUUUUUCAGUAAUAAUUUUCACUAAAACUUUCCUUUUAUUCUAAAAUUUUGGGUUGGUAUUGCAAAAUGAAUUGAAUGGAUGGUGCUUUAAUGAGAGGAGUAAAGGAAUAUAUGCCUCCUGUGUACUUUUGGAGAAAAUUGAAGAUUUAGUUUCCAUUUUUUCUUUAUCAUAAAAUAUUUGAGCCACUGUAUAAAGAUGAGGGUGUAUAUGUCAAGUACUUACCUGAAAUCAACAAAGUCAGGACUGUGAAGAUAUUUUUCAUGUAGUGGGUUUUUUUUUUUAAUCAAUUAGAAAAUCAGCUCCCUCUUACUCUUAUAUUCUUGCCAAAAUGAAUCCCUUUGAUUUUUAUUAUUUGCUGCUAAAGUAUAUUAUCUGAAGGUGUACUAUCUUCUGAAUUUCUGUGGUAUAUGAGAUCCAACUGUUUUGGAUAUCCUUUUUGAUUAACCUGUGACUGGAAAAUAAGUCUUCAUUUUUCUCCUUUUCAACAUUUGUAAUUUGUGUCCUAUAUAUGCCCUUGGACCCUUCCAUAAAUUAUUUAUGCUUUUGACAGAAGGUACUUUCGGUUUAUUGACAUUGAAUUGUUUUCUAAGUUUUUCAUCACAGGAAUCUCCAGCAUGGUAAUAAACAAUUUUUUAAAAAUCUAUUAUGGCAGAUUUAUUACCUAGUAAUUAAAUUGGUCAAAAACUCUUUAAGUCUUUAGUAGGGAAAAAAGUAGUAUAUUUUCUCUCCAUUUGUAGAUAUAUCUGGUUCAAACGGUUCCUUGAAUACUCUUGAUAAAUACUGGACACUGUUGUCCACAUUCAGAAAUAAAAUGCCUUUUCAAACACACUGAUAUUUAUUUAGCAUCAUACCUAAUUAAAGAGUCUUGAAGACUUUUAACUAUUACGUACAUUAUGUGUAGUGACUGUCCAUGAACAGAAUCAAUCUUAAACUCAGUGAUUAUCUGUGAAUAUAGUUCUUCAUAGGUAACUCCCUUCCUGCACCAAUUUGGGAAAGUCACUUUCAGCUUAAAGAAAAAGGGUUCCAUGAAAAAUAUCGUGAAUAAUUUGGAACUUUAUUCAUAUUUCUGAUGUCUAAUAAUUAUUUGAAGUAUUUUGUUUCUGAUAAAUAUUCUUUUCCUUUGUCUGCCCUCAUCAGGAGAUUGUUCACCAUUUUUAUGCUAUAUUUACUGACUUAAUACCCUUAAUGCUAACUUUCAGAUAGUUGAAAAUGUUAGAGGAAGAUUUUAUUGCGUUUGGAAAAUCUCCGUACAUUCCAUGCAUGGCAUUUUUGUAGUUACAUCUGUUUGGAUUAGUUCUAUCACUGUUUUUAUUCCAAAAAUACAAUGUCAGCAAACCGAAAUGCCUUUUUUUUUUUUUUUUUUUUUAAGUAACUAUAUUUGUUACUAUCACCAUAUGCACUCAUUGGGUCUAAGGGAAAUGUCUAAGUCCUUUCAUUUAAAUUAUUUUAUGAUACUACUGUUUUCUCUAUUUUUGAGGUUUCUACUUAUUUUUUAAAAUCUUUUGAAGAGAAGAUUAUUACACUCAUUUGAUGGAAGGAAAAAGCUCUUGGACAUAUAACCAUGUAAUUCUAUGUGAUUAUUUAGCGUACUACAUGGUUGACAAAUACCUAGUUCUUUACUAAAAAUAAACCCAUCACUAUAAACAUUUCAAAACUGAAUUUUAAGCUUAUAAAAGGCCAACUGACUCUUUAGUUGUAAUGAACUACAAGUGCUUGUUCACAGUUGACGUAUCUGUGUACUGUGGGUGGCCAUGACUUGGCAGAGGAUAUAUUCUAGGUAUACUGGUAUAUAUAAAUGGUAGUUGGCUUUGUUUAUAUUUUCCACACUUGAGGAAGCAUAAUAAGAAAUUUUUCUGAGUAAUGAUUUUACAAAAAAACAUUACUUACAUAAUUUAUACAAGAAACUUGAACAAUUUUAAUCAGAAUUUUAAUUUCAAAAAUGCUUUAAUAGUCCAUGUUUUGGAAUACCUGUGAAGUAGUAUGACUGUCUCAUGUUAAAUAUUUAUUUUCUCCUUUCGUUUUGGAACAGCAUUUUUUCAUUUAAAUAAGUUCUACUUCAUUUUAAGAAAUUCAGGGAAGAUUUGGGCACAUUGAAGAUGAAGUAUUUUUGUGGUAUUUGUACACUGUCCUAAGUAGUAGACUGUAGAAAGCAUUUUCAUCAGAUGAAGGUAAUAAAUCAGGCCAACAUGUAGAUCAUUUAAACUCUGAACUUUACACCUACAGAGUUUAAGUUAUAAAGUGGCACAGAAUCGUAACUUUGCACUGAGUAUCUUUUCAUUCACAUCUCCUCUGCCUUAGUCACAGUGGCAACAGUACAGAAAAUUCUAUUAAACCUCAGAAUAUAGUAGAAAUAAUUAAGCUGUUGAAUGAGUCUUAAAAAUUAUACUACUGUUAAGUGGACCAAGUUUGGUUAAGCAGAAUGUGACAGGGGUUGAUUAAGGAAGGAACAAGUCAAGGACAUUGGGAAUGGUAACUUUUCCACUUGAGAACUACUUUAUGUUUUACUGUAAUUUUUAAAGGUUUUUUGUUCUUUUUUGUUAUUUUGCAAAUGAAAAUAGUAUUUACAGGUGGCUUCUUUUAAACUAUAAAAUAUAAAGCAGGAAUGUAUAUGAAAUGUCAGAUUUUAUUGUAUUUGCAGAGUAUUAGCUUUGAAAUUGAAUAAAGAAAGCUGUUUGUAGUUUUAAAAUGCCUUAUUGGUAUCAAUUAGAAAUUUCUUCUAUUUUUUGAUGUACUUAGAGCUCUUUUGAGGUAUAGAAUUUUAAAUGGCAGGAUUUUACAGUGUUUACAUGCAAGUACAUUUUAUAAGUGUUCUAUAUGUGUAAAAUAGUAUUUUCAACUGGAAAGUGUUGGCCAGUGCAAAAAGGCCUGGCCUUUUCCUAGUUCCCAUGAUGUUGCCUACACUGCUAGAGUACAGUAUUGCUUUGUAUCAUGAGGCCAAGAAACUCCAUGUUGUUUGUAAAUAGAAUAAUUGAAAAAGCAAUAAACAUUUAUUGAACAAAA